AUGUUGUGCAAAAAUAUUAUUCGUCUUUCGUCUUACUUUACGAGAAACGUUCGCAGAGACUUCCAGACAGCCAUCAAUCCUCUUUGCAAGAUGAUUAAAGAAACCGGUAACGUCAGGUCCAUCAAUACCGGAAAUGCAAAUAAACCUCCACGGAUACUAAUAACAGGUGGCCUCGGACAAUUGGGUACGGAAUGCGCGAAAUUACUUCGUCGAAAUUAUGGCAAUGAGAACGUCAUACUGUCAGACAUUAUCAAGCCAUCGGAGGAGAACUUGGAGAACGGACCCUUCAUCUUCGCCGACAUCCUUGAUUUCAAGGGUCUGCAGAAGAUCGUUGUGGACUACAGGAUAGAAUGGCUGAUCCACUUCAGCGCUCUACUUAGCGCUGUUGGCGAACAAAACGUACCGCUAGCUGUCAGAGUCAAUAUUGAAGGAAUGCACAACGUCAUCGAGUUGGCGAAGCAAUAUAAGCUGAGGAUCUUUAUACCAUCCACGAUUGGUGCAUUUGGUCCCGAUUCACCAAGAAAUCCUACCCCGAAUGUCACGGUGCAACGACCCCGUACGAUUUAUGGUGUCAGCAAGGUCCAUGCCGAGCUCUUAGGAGAGUAUUAUCAUCAUCGCUUCGGUCUCGAUUUUCGGUGUCUUCGAUUCCCCGGUGUAAUUAGCAGCGAUCCACCCGGCGGCGGUACCACUGAUUACGCCGUAGCGGUAUUUCACGAGGGACUGUUAAACAAAAAGUACGAGUGUUACUUAGAGCCUCAUACGAGGCUGCCGAUGAUAUACAUCGAAGACUGUCUGUCGGCACUUUUUCAGUUUUUGAAUACACCUGACAGAUUGUUGCGUAGACGAGUUUACAACGUCACAGCCAUGAGCUUCACACCCGAGGAGCUGUUUAACGAACUCUUCAAGUAUAUACCGGAUUUGAAAAUUACUUAUAAACCUGACAAACGACAGCAUAUCGCGGAAAACUGGCCGCAAGUUUUCGAUGAUAGCGAAGCACGACGAGAUUGGGGAUGGCAGCACAAAUAUGAUCUACAAAGGCUGGUAGAAUUAAUGGUGCAGGACGUUAGCACGAAUUUUCUACCAAAACACCGAUUGAAAGAGGUCAAUAGCUAUGUAUAAUUACAUAAAAAAAAUUUAUGUAUAUUAUAACUAUUGACUUGUUUCAAUUGAUAUACGUUUUGUAACCUUUUGUAUUAUGAAUUCAAUACAUUCGGUUUCAUGACGAAGUUCUUCGAUGGUAAAAGAAGCGACUCAUGAUAAAAAAUCGCUAAUUAAAAAUAUUAUGUAAAAAUUAAUAUAAGUAUUUUUAUACAUAAAUUAUAUAAGGUGGCUCAAACAAAAUGUAGCAAACUGAUAUCUUUAGAUAGACAUUAGAUAAAAAUAGCGAUUAGACAUUAGAUAAAAAUAACGAUUAGAUAUUAGAUAAAAAUAGCGAUUUUCUCGUUACAAAAAGAUUUUUAAAUAUAUAAGGAUUAAAUUUCAGAAACUAUUCAGAGAAUGGAUAGGGAAGAGUACACCUUUGAACUUUCAAAUUGUAAAAAUAGUACUGUAAUUAAAUUCAAACGCUAAAAAUUAACUUUAACUCUAAACAUAUUUUUCUAAAAUUAUGUAAGCAAAAUUUAUGAAAGUUAAAGAUCUAGACCUAUAUUCUCAAUUCGCUUUUAUCGAUAAAUACGUACAUUUAUUUCUGAGAUUCUACAGUAUUUACAACAUAAACUACAUGUUUAAAAAUGCAUUUAUCGAUAAUAAUAGAGAAUAUAGACUGUAGAGAUUAAUAUUCCGCAUACAUAAGUAAUAUUUAUGAAACUAAUUUGACAAUUAUCAGAAAAGUAUCAAUAAAUAGGAAUAAAAAUAA